GGUGGAAGCUGUAUCCCCAAUUUUUCAGGGGAUGCCCCCAGUGGCAAGGCACAGAUUGGUUUACUCAACUUUGACGGAGGAACUGCAGAGUGGUGUGCACGCUCUGUCGCUAGUUCUAAAGACUCCUUCGGAGUUGAGUCGCAAGGCUUGAGAGAAGGUACUCACUCUAGCAGAAUCUUAAAUGUAUCUGAUCGUAAUUGCGGCCGUACUUGGACACGUAUCUGACCGCAAUUCCGUCCAGAAUCAGUAAGAAAAGUCCUUGUGUGAGUAUAUACCCUCAGGGCGAAGUUUGUUGAGAUUGAGCUUGAGGUCGUGGCGGGAAAAUUGCGAACACGACAAGCUGCAUUGCUUUUUUUUUUUUUUUUUUUUUAAUAAAUACAAGUUGCAUUGUCGUGUAGCUGGCGGGGGACAAGUUAUGCGCAGAGCUCGCUAACUAGCCAAAUUAAGCACCUUGCCUUCUCCCUCCCCCCCCCCCCCCCCCCCCCCCCCCCCCCCCCCCCCUAUUCUUUUUUUUUUCCUUGUUCGUAGUACGUGGUCCAGGGGACCAUCUCAAGGCAUACUCACUAAGAGUUUUUCCACUUCUCUGUGGACGUGAUUGCUGUCAGGUGCAUCCAGACUGGGUCCAGGAAAGUCCUACCAUCUUCACCCGAAUAUAACGCCCAGUCCUUAUAGCUGUAUUUGGGGCACUUUUCAGUCCCGAUGCAGCAAUAGUGACCAGCGGGCGUUCUGUUCAGGUGAGGACGGUAGUAUGAAUAUGCACUAUUAUCAUAGUAUUAUGCACUCAUUCUACUUCAUCAUUAUUACCGUGCUGCCAAGUUUGGCGCAUGUUAUCAUUUUUAAUCCCAUGAGUUACAGAGCGAGGGCAACCACCACGAAGAUAAAAAAUGGUACACCCUUGUGGCUGAAUGAAUGGUACACCACCCAUCAACUCUGGAUAGACAGACCCGAGUUCGAAACCUGAGAACAGCAGUUAAAAAACGAUGGUGACACUCCAGCAAUUCGAACUUGACUUCGUACGUUGUCCAAGCAGGCAUUUCUUUGAUUCUGGUAAAGCGGUGAAUCCAUGAUGAUGAUGAUCAUCAUGAUGAUUUGCAGUCUGUUGUGAUCCUUACUGGCAUGUUACAGUGCUUUUUCAAGAAGUGAAGGUCUCAUCGUUUCGGAAAUGAAGUUGAACCCUCUCUCUCUCUCUCUCUCUCUCUCUCUCUCUCUCUCUCUCUCUCUCUCUCUCUCUCUCUCUCUCUCUCUCUCUCU